AAAGCAAUGGAAGACAAAAAAUGUGAUAUAAUUCCUUUGAUCAACCCAUCACCAUUGUCAUCAACACAAGGAACUGCUUCCAAACUUCAAACCAUAGGGAACAUCAUAGUUUCAAUAGUUGGAACCGGCGUUUUAAGCCUUCCUUAUGCUUUUCGAGUCACCGGUUGGCUCGCCGGAUCACUCGGCGCCAUCAUCGUCGGCUCGGCUACUUUCUACUGCAUGCUCCUCCUUAUUGAGUGCAGGCACAAAUUAGCAUCAGAAGAAGAAUUGAAGGGAAGAACAACGUAUGGUGAUUUGGGAUUCAGGUGCAUAGGAAAACCGGGGCGUUACAUGACAGAAUUUCUCAUAUGCAUCUCCCAAUGUGGAGGCUCUGUAGCAUACUUGGUAUUCAUUGGCCAAAACCUUGCAUCAGUGUUCAAACUCCAUGGCCUCACCUUUCCAUCAUACAUAUUCUUGUUAGUCCCUAUUGAAAUGGCAUUGUCGUGGAUCGGAUCCCUCUCAGCUUUCGCACCCUUCAGCAUUUUUGCCGACUUAUGCAACCUUUUGGCGAUGGGAUUCGUUGUUAAAGAAGAUGUACAACAGGCAAUUGUGGGGAAAUUUUCAUUUAGAGAUAGGGAAGCCUUCAACUUGGGAGGGUUUCCAUUCGCAGCCGGGACGGCGGUGUACUGUUUCGAAGGGUUCGGAAUGACACUGGCUCUUGAGCAAUCCAUGAGGGAGAGGAAAACAUUUCCUAAGGUGCUAGCCAUUUCGUUUGCAUGGAUCAUAGUUGUAUAUAUUUUGUUUGGGACUUUUGGGUACAUUGCUUAUGGUGAUGACACAAAGGAUGUCAUAACACUAAAUCUUCCCAAUGAUUGGACAGCCAUUGCAGUCCAGAUUGGUAUGUGCCUGGGGUUAGUGUUUACAUUCCCCAUGAUGGUUCACCCUGUUUGUGAAAUCAUGGAAGGGACGUUGAAGAAAAGAUUUUGGUUUCAGAAGUUUCACAACAACGAUUCCGAAAGUUCGAUUACGAGAUUAGGAAAGUUCGGAGUAUGCAUCGGUAGAGCAGUUCUGGUAAUCGGUUUGGCGGUGUUGGCAUCGUUCGUCCCCGGAUUUGGCGUUUUAGUCUCGCUUGUUGGGAGUACAGUAUGUGCAUUGAUCUCUUUUGUUUUGCCAGCCUCCUUUCACCUAACAUUGUUGGGGUCAUCUUUGAGUUUCUGGCAAAAAAGCUUGGAUGUUUUCAUUGUGUUGUGUGGAUUGCUUUUUGCAGUUUAUGGUACCUAUACCACCAUAGGUGGAGUCUGAUACUGGAAAACAAAGAAAUAAACAAAUUUCGGUUUCGGAAUAUUUUGUAUCGAAAAUU